UGAAUGCGAAAGCACAACAACAGCAACCACAACGAGAUAAACCGGCAAUAACCAGAGAAAUAUUAAAAUAGCCACAAUCUCUGGCACUCUCGCUGACCAUGUUUUGAAAUCUUUUGGCGUUAUUAAAGCAUUUUUCUUGCUGCCAUUGCCGACAAACACAAUAUUUCUACACGCACACAAACGUUCAUGUGUCUCUGCAGCAAUAUAGAGUAUAUAUACAUAUUAUAUAUCUCUAUAUAUGCGUGCGUAACUGAUUCUAUAUAGAGAGACACUUAGUUGCCGCUUUGUCAAAAUUCGGGCAUUGUUAUUCGCAUCUGCAGCAGCAUUCAGCUACGACGACUCAAUUCAUAAAUAAUGUCCGAAGAUGCCAAGAGUCCACGCACCCGAAACAUCAUUGAAAAUCAAUUGUUUCGCCGUCAGCGCAGUCUUAAGCUUGAGGCCCUUCAAAGGCAGCGCUCACAAUUUGGCAGCCUCGACGACAGCUGCGACGAAGAAGCGGAAACGCUCGACAAGACGUAUAUUGUCAUUAUAUUCACGGAGAAGGCCAAGCCGCGUCACUGCCAGGAUGUGGUAAAAAUCAUUGAGGAGUUUGGCAUACAAACUACACUCGAAAUUGUUAGCAAAACCGAAAAGUAUUUAUAUCUGACGGCCAACUUGGAUACACUGUUGCGUCUGGCCGAUGCGGCAGAACUGGAGAAAAGGACCACCACGGGCAGCAUGCAAAAGUUCAAUCAUGGCUGCGUCUCUGACUUCUUGCUGCCGGGCAUGAGCAAAGAGCAGAUACUCCAAUUUUGCGAGAUUCCCGUACUGAUCAAAGAUGUUGUUGAGCCGCCAAUUAGAUCCUACAUACAGAAAGGUUACAUCGAGGACAUGUUUCCAUUGCAUGAUAUUCUAUAUCUGGAUCGAUUCAAUCUGAAUCUCAAACGUACCACGUUGCCGAUUGAAGAUAUACGCAACUACUUUGGCUCCAGCAUUGGUCUUUAUUUUGGCUUUAUUGAGUUCUAUACGAAGGCGCUUGUGUUUCCAGCAAUCUUUGGCCUGGUGCAAUGCCUGAUGGAUCUCAAUCUGUCACUGGUAUGCGGCUUCUAUGUGAUCUGGACGACAAUCUUUCUGGAGUUGUGGAAGCGUAAGUGUGCUGGCUAUUCGUAUCGUUGGGGCACCAUUGAGAUGAGCAGCUUGGAUAAACCGCGUGCCGCCUAUCAAGGUCAACUGAAGCCGGAUCCUAUAACUGGCAAAAUGACACUGCAUUAUCCGAUGCGUUACACGUACCUGCAAAUGUAUUGCAUUUCGUAUCCGGUGGUGCUGGGCUGUGUGGUGGCUGCCGCCUGGUUUGCUCUAUAUCAGUUCCAAAUUGAGGCCGAAGUUUUGGCGGAUUUCGGUGCAGACUCAUGGCUGCUUUAUAUCCCCGUCAUCGUGCAGUCCAUGCUAAUUGCGAUCUUUUCGUGGGCGUACGAGAAGCUUGCCACAUUCCUCACCAAUCUGGAGAAUCAUCGAACACGUUCGCAGUACGAACGGCAUCGGGUCAAUAAGCUGAUGAUUUUCGAGAUUGUUAACAAUUUCUUUUCACAGUUUUAUAUUGCGUUCGUGCUGCAGGAUCUCAAGCAACUCAAAUACCAGCUGAUGAUGCAGCUGCUCAUCUUUCAGCUGGUGUGUAUAGCUCAGGAAAUUGGCAUUCCCCUGAUGGCCGUGCUGCGCCAGAUGUACGCUAAAUAUCGCCACACCGAAGUGGACCCAAACAAAUUGAGCGCGGUUGGCAAUAAGUCACGGUACGAGCAGUCAUUCUACGAGUCUGGCCUGGAUUCCUAUCAUUCCACCUACGAGGAUUAUCUGCAGGUGUGCAUUCAGUUUGGCUACGUGGUGCUCUUUGCUGCCGUUGCGCCCUUCGCCGCCAUCGGUGCUUUAGUCAACAACGUGUUUGCCGUGCACAUUGACAUAUUUAAGCUGUGCAACAUCUUCAAGCGACCCUUUGGGCGUCGCGCUAAAAAUAUUGGCGCUUGGCAGUUGGCUUUUGAGCUGAUCUCGGUCAUGUCGCUGAUGAGCAACUGUGGCCUGCUCUUUCUCCAGCCGGAUGUCAAGCAAUUCUUUUCGCACUGGGUGCCUUCAAUGCCGGAUCUAUCGUUUGUCAUCUUUGAGCAUCUACUGCUGGGCCUUAAAUUUCUAAUACACAAGGCGAUUCACGAGCGUCCACGAUGGGUGCGCAUUGGACUACUCAAAGCCGACUACGAGACUAGCCAGGCGCUGAAAAAAUUCAAAGCAGCCAAGAAAAUGCCUUAGUGGUGAGUGGACUCCCUCAAUCAGUUGGCUGUCGCCAAUGGUGCCUUAUCGGCUGCAAGUCAAUGCAAAACAAUUCAAAGCAAGCACAAAUCAAACGAACCAGUCCAUUUAAAUAUACACACAUGCAUACACUUUAAAUGCUUUUUGUACUUAAUUUUAUUAUUACAUACAUUAUAUAUUUAUCAUACCUAAUUGCAUAAAUGCGUCCAAAAACCAUA